CAUACUCUUCUGCGACUUUCUGAUUUUUUUGGACUUCAAUCUCGGAUUAAGCUUUCAUCGGCUUUUCCUGGGUUUUCUUUUCAUUCUGUUCUUGCAUAUCUCAUUUCUUGACAUCUCUGCUGUUCUUGAAAAAUCUGUGGUUUGGGAGAUGGAUUACAGACUAUAGUGAUUUGGACAUUUAGUGAAUUUAGUUCUUGCUUCCCGCAGGUGAUUUUCUGGAUACCGGUAUUUGACGACUUAGAUGAGUGUGGAUGAAGCCGGUAGCAGCUCCGAGUGGACUAGGGAGCAAGACAAGGCGUUUGAGAAUGCCGUUGCAACUUAUCCCAAGGACUCUUCAGAUCGGUGGGAAAGAAUGGCCGCAGAUGUACCUGGAAAAACUUUGGAAGAGAUUAAAGAACACUACAAGUUUCUAGAGGAUGAUAUUAACGCGAUUGAAACAGGUUGUGUGCCUCUGCCGCCGUAUAAUUCUUCCGAGAGUUCAGCAGGCCAUGCCGGUGAUGAUGGAGCUGGUAAGAAGGGAACCAGCCAGUUAGGGCAUUAUAACAGUGAGUCAAACAAUGGGAGUAAGAAUUCAAAGUCAGAUCAAGAACGCCGUAAGGGAAUUGCUUGGACAGAGGAUGAACACAGGUUAUUUCUUCUUGGUUUGGAUAAAUACGGGAAAGGUGACUGGCGAAGCAUAUCCUGGAACUUUGUGGUCACAAGAACGGCAACCCAAGUCGCGAGUCACGCUCAAAAAUAUUUCAUCAGAUUGAACUCAAUGAACAAAGAUAGGAGGCGAUCCAGCAUCCAUGAUAUUACCAGUGUUGGCAACACAUACAUUUCAUCACCCCAAGGUCCAAUCACUGGUCAAUCAAACGGCCCUGCAGCCGGAUGUUCUGCUGGUAAACCAACCAAACAACCUCCCGUACAUUCUGCCGCACCUUCCGGUAUAGCUGUGCAAAGUGUUCCAGCUAUUGGGCAACCUAUAGUAGGUCCCCUUGUCUCAGCAGUUGGCACACCAGUGAAUCUCUCUGCACCGGCACGUAUGGCUUACGGAGUCAGAGCAACUUUACCGGGAGCAAUGGUUCCGGGUGCACCUGUGACAUAUCCGAUGCCGCAUGCAUCCGCUCAUAGGUAAUGUGAUGAUGUCUAGUUGCAAAAUGUACAAAGAGAAGACUAUUUGCCUGUGCUGAUAAUCAGCAUUGGUAACAAUUGCUUAAUUGCUAGCACAAGUUGUGUGUGUCAUCUAUUUAAUCUUAAUAAGGCCAUAGGGAGAGAUUUUAAAUGGAUUUUUCUAGGGAAACUAUGGAAAAUGAAAAUGUUAAAUAUGGCAGAUUAUUGGUUCGGACA